AUGGCAGGCGGAAACAAGAAGAAAAAGACCAAGCCCGCAGCCAAUCCUGCCCGAGGGUUUGCCACGACCUCCGUGGCCUCAAAACCCAAGUCCGAAACUGCUUCGGAGGGAAACAGUAAGGCGCCGUCGGGCACGGCCACCCCAUCAGACCCGCAGGAUGUUGUCGACUCCACGAAAUCAGAGCCAUCCUCCAGUGGAGUAUCUGGACCAUCGACCGCGAGAGAACUGCGCGAGCUGAGCCCAGAAGAGCUGGAGGCGCAACUCGAGGCCUCUGAACUGCAGCAUUUUGUUGAGAAACACGCAGCCAAGGUCAAGAAAGACAUCACGCGGCAGGUGGCGCGUCUUGAGACAGACAGGCGCUUGCUCCGAGCCCAGGCAGACUACCUAUCGGUCAAAGACUGGCUGCCCCAAGAGAUCAUGCAGCAAAUCCUUGACUUGACCCUCGCAGAUGUAGCCCGGCAUUCGGAUGCGAGGAAGAAGGGCAUCUUGCCGUCUGGCGAUGACCUUGUUGCAAAGGUAUGGCAGUUGCGCCAAACUCUCCUAUAUCUCGCCAUUCCUUCAUCUCGUGUAAACGAAGCACUUGGCUGGGUGAUUUCGAAUCCGCCAUUGGAUAGUGCAGGCUCGGCUUGGGGUCUUGAUGAGUGUUUCGAUUGGCUGUCGUUGCAUUGCGGGCCUGCAGAGCUUGAUGACUACGAAUUUCAAAAGCCCAAGCCAAUUGCUCUCGCGAAGAAUCAAGCAACUGACUCUGGUCCGAACAUCGAUGUUAGCGAUGUCGAAAGCGAUCUGGAGCCCGAUGAACUUUUGUCAGUCUACUUGAGAACAAAAUCAACGCUCUACGACUUGAAUCCUGAAAUGGACAGUCAGCCAGGCCGGAGCAAGAAAUCUGCCAAGACAUCACGUCACCAACCCGAAAGUGUAUCAGAACGGAAAUUGAAGCAGAAGUUAAGGAAAAUCGAGUCGGACGUGCUAUUUGAUCAACGUAGCGCCGACGCACACUGGGCUGGGCAGAAGAUUGAGCUCGCUCGAAAUGCUGCAGAACGUAGAAGAUUGCGACUUCAAGACAACAGCACCUCAGCCUCAGCGCCAUCGACUACACCAGCUGAUCUCGAUAAUGCAGUGAAUGAGGAGGCAGAGAAACUCGGACGGGAAUUGCUGAAAGAGGCCGAAGCAGAAGAUGAUGAUCUCCUCAGCGGCAUGUUCGACGCCCUGCCUGGUGUUAGCGAAGAAUCAUCCAAAGGAGAUGCUGCAUCAGGAAUCCAGGUUACGAUGCGAGACUUUGGCAGACUCACCGGCAUGAACCCAAAGCGUGUGUUGGAGGAAAGUUGUAAAGCGCGCGACAGCCGGUGCCGAGUCAAUUACAAGAUGGUAUCGCCGACUACAUAUUCCAGUCGACAUAGCGUAACCGUCCAGUGGAGCAAGGAACAAGAUGCUGUCGAGUCGUCCUUCUUACCUAUGAUAGCAGUGACGCAGAAAGCGACGAGCCUGGUUGUUACUAUGACUGGCGUAGCGACCCCGGAAGUGGCGCAGAGCGAGGCAUAUGUUGCGACAUCGGCACUAUUUCUGAUUUUCUCAGGCUCUCCCAAGGAAGAAAAGGCUCACAUGCGCUUGCCGCCAGCCUACCGCGAUCUCUGGACCGAAUUUGCACAUGCGAAACAGGAACAUUUCCUUGCCGUGGAUGGCGCGGCAGUGAAAGAAAUUCGAACCCUAAUAGAACAGCACAGGAGCUCCGAGGAUGACAGCGACGAUGAAGUCGUCUUCGAUGCCAGCAUCAGACGGCGGCUUGAUGGCGCCAGCGGGACAUCCACACCUGUUCCGCGCGGCGAAGGGACUCGAUCUGCAGGGCUUGAUUUCUCUCCUGAAAUUCAGCAAAUGUGGCAAAGGAAAGUCAGCACCUCAAAAUAUCAGCAAAUGCUCAUUGCACGCAUGAAUCUGCCGAUGUUUCACUUCCGCGAUGCAGCCCUGGAAACUAUACAAAAACAUCAGGUCACAAUACUUUGUGGCGAGACGGGAUGCGGCAAAAGCACUCAAUUACCUGCUUUCAUCUUGGAGAACGAAUUAGCGCAUGGGCGAUCCUGUAAAAUAUACUGUACAGAACCACGACGCAUCUCCGCUAUCUCGUUGGCUCAAAGAGUAAGCGAGGAGAUGGGCGAAAGCAAGGGAGAACUGGGUACACCUCGAUCACUUGUUGGAUAUGCCAUUCGACUGGAGUCGCAGACGGCUGCGACCACUCGCCUGGUAUAUGCAACCGUCGGUAUCGUACUGCGAAUGCUGGAGAACGCAGAUGGUUUAUCUGAGAUCACGCACCUGGUCAUCGACGAAGUACAUGAGCGGAGUAUCGAUACGGAUUUCCUGCUGAUUGUCUUGCGCUCUCUUAUGUUCAGGCGGCCCGAUCUGAAAGUUGUACUGAUGUCUGCCACUGUUGACGCACAAAAGUUCUCUCAAUACCUCGACGGAGCUCCAAUCAUAAAUGUGCCCGGACGUACCUUCCCUGUCGAAGCUAGAUUCCUCGAGGAUGCCAUUGAGCUUACAGGCCAUACCAACGAAGAUGCUGCCGACCGGGCUUUCGACGAGGAAAGCACCGAAGAUGAAGAGCAAAAAGGGACCGACGCGCAGCAGCUCAUUGGCUAUAGCAAGCAGACUCGUCAAACGCUUGCAAGUUAUGACGAGUACCGCAUUGACUACAGCUUGAUCGUGAAGCUGCUGGAGAAGAUCUCACACCAGGCAGAAUACCGCGACUACAGCAAGGCUAUUCUUGUCUUUCUGCCGGGUAUCGCAGAGAUCCGACAGCUCAACGACAUGCUCGUUGGUCAUCCAAAGUUUAGCAAAGCCUGGCAAAUAUUUCCGCUCCAUUCCUCGUUCUCGAGCGAGGAUCAGCAAGCGGCAUUCGAGAUUCCUCCCAGAGGCGUUCGCAAAAUCGUUUUGGCCACCAAUAUCGCCGAGACUGGUAUCACCAUCCCAGAUGUGACUUGCGUGAUCGACACGGGCAAGCACAAGGAGAUGCGCUUCGAUGAGCGCCGGCAAAUGUCAAGACUGAUACAGAGUUUCAUCGCAAAGGCAAAUGCAAAGCAACGUCGAGGUCGCGCAGGUCGUGUACAACAAGGUCUUUGCUUUCAUCUCUUUACCAAGCAUCGCUUUGAACACAUGAUGGUGGAGCAGCAGACGCCAGAAAUGCUUCGCUUGUCUUUGCAAGAUCUUGUCAUGAGGGUGAAGAUAUGCAAGCUCGGUGACAUCGAGAAGGCACUUUCCGAAGCACUUGAUCCUCCCUCAGCUCGGAACAUCCGAAGAGCUAUCGAUGCUCUAGUCGAAGUCGGUGCUUUGACAGCCAACGAAGAGCUGACAUCACUUGGCAUGCAGCUGGCAAAAUUGCCUCUUGAUGCUCAACUUGGCAAGUUGAUCUUGCUUGGAAGCACCUUCGGCUGUCUGGACUUCGCUCUGACAGCCGCAGCAACACUGUCUUCGAAAUCACCUUUCCUGUCACCAAUGCACGCAAAGAAGCAAGCCGACACAGUCCGCCUUGGUUUCCAGCGAGGUGACUCUGACCUCCUAACAGUCUUCAAUGCAUAUUCUUCCUGGCGCAAGGUCUGUACCACAUCUGGUCUCUCGGAAUUUCAGUUCUGCAACAAGAACUUCUUGAGUCCCCAGAAUCUUGCCAACAUUGAAGAUCUCAAAGCACAGCUGUUGAAUUCUCUUGCAGACGCAGGUUUCGUCCACCUUGGCCCAGAGGAGAAACAAGCGAUCUCGAAGAUGCGACACAAUCACCGUCAUCGGAAUUUUGUCCUCAUACCACCUCACUUCGCUCGAGCGGAAUCCAACGACACCGUUGCCAAUUCCGUCGUAGCUUGGUCCUUCUAUCCCAAGGUCAUCAAAGCAUACGGCAAAGGCUGGCGCAACAUCGCCAACAACCAAUCUCUCGGCCUCCAUCCUACUUCCGUCAACAAGGGCAACCACAACCACGACAUCAAAUACUUAUCCUUCUACAGCAUCAUGCAAUCUUCUUCUCGCUUCACUAAUGCCCAAGAGACAUCUCCAGUCGCAGAGAUUCCUCUCAUAUUGAUGGCGGGUGAGGUCAAAUUCGAGAUGUUCGCUGGCGUGAUCGUGGUUGAUGGGAAUCGGCUGAGAUUCAAAGUCAGAGAUUGGAGGACUAUGAUUGUACUGAAGACGUUGAGAACUAAAGUCAAGGAGGUCAUGGGCAAGGUUUUCAAAAGCCCUGGUCGAGAUCUUGGAGAUAGGCCGAGGAGGUGGAUGUCCGUGCUGGAGAAGAUCUUUGAAAUGCAGGGCGAGUUGCAGAGUCGGAAGGCUGGAUUGGAGAAGAGGUUCUAG